GUUGGAGACAAUUCCAAUCUUCAUUGCCCUGUUUUUGCUUCUUUUCCAAGUCGUGCAUUGUUUGCUUGGUCAGAAAGUCAAAGCUUUUAACAGGACAAGGUCUUUGUUUUCUGUUCCUCUUAUAUUCCCUCUCUCUCUCUUUUCCUUCAUUAAAAGAUUUCAUUUCUUUCUCUCUCAACUUCUAAAAAUCAUAACCCCUUAUUUCAGUUAAUUGAGUUCAGUUUGAUUCUUACUCUGUUUAGUGUUUAUGUUAUUGAAUUUGAGGCUAUUAAACUCUUCAUUUGAUUUGACUUUAGUCAACCCUUUCUAGCUCUGUUAUAGUUUUUUUGAUCAACUCUGGAUUUUGAUCUUUUUUUUUUAAUCAAUGGAUGGGUCACAAGGUAGUUCUACUGCACCAGCACCAUUUCUAACUAAAACAUAUGAAUUGGUUGAAGAACCAAUGACAGACAACAUUGUAUCUUGGAGUCAAAAUGGUUGCAGUUUUGUUGUAUGGAAUCCAACUGAGUUUUCUAAAGAUUUGCUUCCUAUGUAUUUCAAGCACAAUAACUUUUCCAGCUUUGUCAGACAACUUAACACUUAUGGGUUUAGGAAGAUUGAUCCUGAUCAAUGGGAGUUUGCAAAUGAAGAAUUUAUUAGAGGACAAAGACAUCUUUUGAAGAACAUUCAUAGGCGAAAACCGAUUCAUAGUCAUUCGAUACACAAUCAAGUGAAUUCUGUUCCUUUAACCGAUACAGAAAGAUAUGAGUAUGAGAAAGAAAUCAAAAGACUAAAAAAUGAGAAGAAUUCUCUUCAGUUGACACUACAGAUGCAUGAAAGAGAAAAACAAGAGUUUGAGCUUCAAAAACAGUCUCUAAAUAACCGAUUUCAAACCAUGGAACAGAGGCAAAUGCAGCUGAUGUCCUCCUUAGCUGAGCUAAUGCAGAAACCAUCAUUUGCUUCUAUACUUAUGCAACAUUCAGAUAAUCACAACAAGAAGAGAAGGUUGUUGAAUUCUUCUAGUAACCAUUCAGAUGAAUCCAAUAUAGACGAAAACUCGAAUUGGAAUCAAGAAGACACAAAGCUGAACCACAUUGAGAAGCUUGAAGGGUCUAUAGAGUUUUGGGAGAGUUUUCUAUACAGAAUUGGUGAAGAGUUCAACAGUGUUGCUGGUGUGUUCUCACAAGCCUCUCCUAUGAUUGACACAGAAAUAGUACAACAUGUUGAGCUCAACUUCUGCAGAUCAUGUUCACCUUUGUCACAUCCAUCUUCACCGAACUCAUUCGAUAAUAAUAAUAAUGUUCAUUCAUCUCCCGAGGCGCCUGGCUCGCCCAUUAAUCAUCUUGACAUUGCCAAUAUAUUCUCAAUAUGUCUUGAUGCUGUUGACACCACACCGAAAUCUUCAAAGCUCGAUAUGAACUCGAGCCCCGCUUGUGGUGCUGAAGUUGAGGGCUCUAAGGAAGAAGAAGAUGUUGGUGUAACUGAGGUUUCGCCUGCUAAGGUUAAUGAUUUCUUCUGGGAACAAUGCUUGACUGAGACCCCCCCUGCCUCUUCUGAUUUACAUGAAAUCCAACCGGAGAGAGUUCAAAUCGAUGAGAGCUCGAAUGGAAGCAAGGCUGCAACUCACAAGACAAAUUGGUGGAACAUGAAUAGUAACAACAACACAACACAAAGAGGGCAUCUCACUUCAGCUAACUAAUUUUCAGUUAAAUGCCAUUUCAUAUUUGAUAGUGUUCUCAUGAUGAUGAUGAUGAUGGUUGGUUGUAUGAUAAUUGUUAGUGUUAUAGUGAUGAGACUAUGUUAAGAAGGCAUUAGAUAGGUUUUUAGACAUUACAUUUUUGUAGCAAAAAGACUUUGGACAUAUUCAUUUGAUUUUAUGUAAAGUAUUAUUGUGGAUUCUGAUGUUAGAUUGUAAAUAUUACUUUUUUUUUCUUUA